UAAAAGUUCCAGUAAUGUGCACAGCUCGUCAGUUCGACACCCAGUUCGAGCAGCGAGAACAGACUCAGUACUGCAAUCUACGAGUACCCCAGCGAUGAAGUUCUUUGUGGCAUUAUUUCUGGUCGUGGCGCUCGCGGACCUGUUCCAUUGUACACCAACGCACGGCAAAGUUGGUCAUGUCACUCUUACACCCAAUGACACUCCUAAACAUCCUGUAGCCAUGAAAACAGAGGAAGAAGCUAAGAGCCCGGUCGCAACUAAGGAACCCUCUACUAAUGGGCUCCCUCCUGUAUAUAUCGUGCCUUAUUCAUUUGUCCGUCCAUACCCUAUGCUGUAUAUUGGUCAACAGUCUCAGCAAGAUCUCAGUCACAAGCCUCAGCAGGAUCUCAGUCAACAGCCUCAGCAGGAUCUCAGUCAACAGCCUCAGCAGGAUCCCCAACUACAGACUCUGUUAUAUGCCCCACCAUUCAUUCUACCUGAUGGAUAUUUUGUAUUCCCAUUAGCCUCCCCGAUCCCUGCUACAUACGACCAGCAGAAUUCUCCUGUCGUGGAAAACUCUCAAGUUCCUUUAACUCAAAAUAACGCCGUUACAGCAGCCAAAGAAAAAUAGAACUAAAUAAUAAAGCAACAAGUUAGAACUUCCGUUGCCACUCUUUGUGUAAUCAAUGUUGUUAUAAUAUUUAUUUGUUUAUUCAAUAAAUAUCUAAAACUGUA